GACUGGGGUAUAAUUCCACAGACACUAGAAGGCCAUACGGAAUCAGUCAAAGCUGUCGCAAUUACCAAACAGGGCAAGAUAGCAUCCGCCUCUGACGACAAGACAGUACGGCUGUGGGAUAUUUUCACAGGACAGUGCCUCAAAAUCCUUGAAAGCCAUACUGGACCUGUCAAUUCCCUCAAGUUUAUACAGGACGGAAGAGUCUUAGUAACUGCUCCCUCCAACUGCAUAGCCCAGUUCUGGGAUCCAGUCACAGGCGAGUGCCUCCAGAGUUUCACGGGCUACACGGAUCUAGACACUGGAGUAAUCCAUAUUGGGAAUAGGAUAUUUCUAUCAACCUGUUUUGACUCUCAGGUCAAGUUGUGGGAUCCUACUACGGGUCAGUGCAUUCAAACACUCAGGGGUCAUGCUGGUCCCGUCUGGGCUAUCACUUCCACUCAUGAUGGCAAGAUUCUAGCGACAUCUUCUAGUGACACCACGGUGAAGCUGUGGAAUACAACCACCGGAGAACGUCUUCAUAGGCUAAUGGGUCAUGUAGGGGCUGUUGUAGCAAUCACCUUCACACCUGAUAGCAGCAUGCUAGCAUCAGCCUCUACUGACGGGACCUUACGGUAUUGGGAUCCAAACCCAGGCAAAUGCAUCCGAGUGCUUGAGGGCCAUACCAGAGCAGUAAGCUCUGUCGUCUUCAGCCCAGAUGGCAAGGUGCUUGCAUCUGCCUCCCACGAUUACAUACAGUUGUGGGAUGUACACACCGGAGCAUGCCUUCAGACCCUCAAGGGUCAUAAGAUGUGCGUUCUGGAUCUGGUUUUCAGCCGAGAUAGUGGGAUGCUUAUAUCGAGCUCGUGGGAUAAAACGGUGAAAGUUUACAAU